AUGUCAGAAGGGGAGACCAAAGACAGCUCCAGCAGCGAGUGCCCCGUGUGCUAUGAGAAGUUCCGGGAUCUGGAGGGUGCCAGCCGGACACUGAGCUGUGGCCAUGUAUUCUGCCAUGACUGCCUCGUGAAGUACCUGCUUUCCACCCGAGUGGAUGGACAGGUCCAGAGGACCAUCGUAUGCCCCAUCUGCCGCUACGUCACCUUCCUCAGCAAGAAGAGCUCCCGCUGGCCCUCCAUCCUGGAAAAGAGCCCCCAGACCCUGGCUGUGCCCGUAGGCCUGCCCUCUGUGCCACUACCAGACACUCUGGGCCACACAAAUCCCCUGGCCAUCUCCCAGCCUGUCUGGAGACCAUCUAUGGGCCAAGCGAGGCUGCCAGGCAGCCCAACUCAGAACUACCAGCUCCCCUUGGACCUGCUGCCCAGCCUGCCCCGGGAGCCCCAGAUCUUCAUCAUCAGUCGCCACGGGAUGCCCCUGGGGGAGCAGGACAGUGUCCUGCCGCGGCGCAGCCUGGCAGAGCUUUCGGAGGCCUCUCCUGCACCCAGGUCAACCCGGUCGUUCUGCUGCCGGUCGCGGGCCCUGCUACUCAUCACCCUCGUUGCCGUGGUGGCUGUGGUGGCCGCCAUCUUGCCCUGGGUCCUGCUGGUGAGGAAGCAGGCAUGA